CUGUGCUUGUUGAGCGCGUCUCGGUCGGUGACGUUUGUUACGUAGAGUCGUUCAAUACUCACAUUAGCGAGCUGUAUUAUUGUUGGGAGGAGAAUAUGUUUUACAAAAUCAGAUAGUCGUUAUCCAAGUGUGCUCACUUUAAACGUUUGGGCGUCGCUGUGUUACACAUCUACUGUUUGGACGAAAAUGACCGAUCUGACAGACUCCCUGGCCAAAGAAGGCUGGUACCUAAGUGAUGAAGGCAUAGCAGAACUUAAAGGAUCUGCUGAGAAAAUAACACACAGUGACAUUAUACGUAUUGCACUUGACAGUGAUCUUAGGCCUCUUGGGAGAAAAUUUCUACCAGCUGAUAUCAAUAGUGGAAGAAUUGAGAAGUUGGAUGGUCCAUGUGUUCUCCAGGUGCAGAAGGUGAGGAAUGUCUCAGCUCCUAAAGACCAUGAGGAGUCCCAGGGUGCACCGCGAAUGCUGCGGCUACAGAUGACAGAUGGGCAUACCACCUGUGUUGGAUUGGAGUUUAAACACCUGUCUAAGAUCAGUCUUAAUACCCCCCCUGGAACAAAGGUAAAGCUGCUUGGUACGAUCCAGGUUAAAAAUGGUAUUUUGCUGCUUGAUGACUCAAAAAUCUCUGUCCUUGGAGGAGAGGUUGAUCACAUGGUGGAGAAAUGGGAACUACAAAGGAGUCUGGCCAAACACAGCCGGAGUAACAUUGGAGCAGAAGGUGGACCUCCCCCCUUUGUGCCCUUUGGUCAGAGGUGUGCAAGGAAGGAUGAAGUAGACAGCAGAGACCUAGACCAGAGGAAGACGCUGCAGACUCUCAACGUGUUCAAAAGUUCUGAGGAGAAUGCCGAGUUUGAAAAGCAGCGGACAGCAGCUAUUGCUGAGGUGGCCAAGACCAAAGAGGGUCCCCGUACAUUUGGAGGUGGAGGAAAUGCAGGCAGCAAUUUAUCCAGCGCUGCUUCCUCCUACCGGAGCCGAGACUCAUACCAACAGAGGAGACGGGAAGACAGGGUCGAAAGACCUGACAGCAGACAAGAUGGAAACUACAGAGAGCUGGUGGAUGAACGUGCUCUAAGAGACAUCAUGGAGAUGGGCUUCAACAGGGAGGCUGCUCGGCAGGCUCUAAUGGACAAUAACAACAACCUUGAAGUGGCACUAAACAGUCUACUGACAGGAUCGUCUGGCAGCAGACCUGGCCCUCCACCUGUUGCUGAAUCAAACAAGCCCCCACCCAGAGCCAGAGGAAGGGGAAGAGGCCGGUCUAGAAAUGAUGAGGAGGAGGAGGGAGCAGGGGGAAGGCCAUCUGGACCAAGCACUCUGUUUGACUUUCUGGAAUCCAAGAUGGGAGUUUUCUCCAUUGAUGAGCCAAAGAGCCAGGCACCUCAGAGACACCAUGAGAGUAAAGUGAACUUCUCAAACUCAGACUACUACUCCAAAGAGACAUCUCAGACCAAGUUCUCCUCGCAUAAUGAGCAUAGGCAACAAAGGAAUGACAGACCACCUCGCUUUCAUAGGGACACUGAUUUUCCCAAACCAGGCCAGGAGCCUGUCUCCAACUGUACAACCUCCCAAGCAUCAGUUCAGGCCCAGCAGUGGAAAGGCCAGGAGAGAUGGCCACGAGGCACGUCGGACAGAUCACAGAACGACAGGAGAGAGACACGAGAUGAGCCGAUUUUCCCUUCAUCCUUCCCGACUACUUAUACACGUUCCAAAGAACUUCAGCAGAUGGAGUUUAGUGGAUCUCACCACCAACAACGAUACAGAAAUGGAGAUGGUGGUGGAAACAUGGCUGGAGUGUCUAAUAGAAGGGGGGUAAAAGACACUCCACCCACUACUAAACUGACCAAUUCUGCAGGUGAGGAGCUGGACGGAAGAGGAAAUAAUAAACGUCAAGACAGAAUCGAAGAGCACAACAACAGCAGGAGGAUGGGGAAGAGUGACCGGCCAAACUCAAAUCACUUUGAUCGACAAAGGGAUGGCGGGCCACCAAACUUCAACUCGAGGGGAGGAAGCUCAGGGACGUCCCAAGAAGCAGGGUUACCACGGGAUUGUCGAAUCAUGACAGGGGAUCCUUCAACUUUUCAAAAUGGAGAUAUGGAGCACAAAAGAACUGGGCCAAUCAAGCCAGCAAACUCAUCGUUCCCCCCCAACAGAGAGCAGCAGCUCUCCAAGAAAAAUGCUCCAAAUAACCCAGGAUCUAAAAAAAGGUCAGGACAAGGCAAAGGUCAAGGACCUCGGGGGCCAGAGAAAAGUCAUAAUGUGGAGCAGGCUUGGAAACCUGGAGACCAGUGCCUGGCACUGUACUGGGAAGACAGCAAGUUCUACCACGCCAGAAUUGAUGCUGUGCAUCCAUCAGGCACCACGGCUGUGGUUGUAUUUAGUGAUUAUGGCAACUGUGAAGAGGUCCUGCUGCAUAACAUCAAACCUGUUCCUGCCGACGUGAUGGAGGAAGAUGAUGGUUACUAUGACAGUUCAUUAGAGUUUCGCCGUGGGGGAGAUGGACAACCUAGACGCACAAGACCUACACAGCAGUAUUAUCAGCCACCCAGGGCGCGAGAUUGAUGUGUCUGGUUUUACAGUGUGCUUGUCCCCCCUCCUUCCACGGCAGAGAUGAUGUGACUUUCUGCAACAAUCCAGAGUGCUUCCUGAAUUUUUAAGCGUCCACAUCGUCAAGACAUACAGAACUUUUCAAAGGGCUUGGACACAAUGCAAACACAAAAGAAAAACUGACAUGGCACCUGUUGACUUUGUUAAGGACAUAUCUACUGUAUAUGUUGUGAAGAUUUGUUAAAUGGAUGCGUUAAAAUAAACAAUUAUAAUGUAGUGGA